AUGAAUACUUUACUAACGCAUUUAACUCAACUGGACAACACUCCUGGUCGCGGAAUGAACAUUGGUUUUUGGGUCCUGAUCAAUAUUGCUGCACCUCAACGUGGUGAUCAGGUCAUCACCAUUGGUGAUGGUGGAUGUGUUCAUGAUCAUUUACCACUCGAUUAUACAUUGAGUCAUGGUAUUACGAUUUUAUAUUCUCAGCUUGUAAUUCCGUAUAAAGGUUCAAUAAUGCCCUCAAGAUUAAUGAUGUAUUUUUGGAAUAGUACUUCUUGCGUACACUCAUUGACCCUAGUUGGUUUGAUAUGUAUUUACAAGAAGGGUUGGUAUGAUGCUUGA